AAGGGCGUGAAUAUCAGACGCUAGGAGGAUAGCCACUGUGUUGUCUGCUGCCCUCAUCCUGGUCACUGCUAAUGCUAUAAUAGCCCUAGGCCAGGAAUAUGAACAAGCUGCUGCUUUGGGUCUCUGUCCUCACCAGCCUCCUGGAAGCCUUUGUUCACACAGACCUCAGUGGGAAGGUGUUUGUAUUUCCUAGAGAAUCUGUUACUGAUCAUGUAAACUUGAUCACACAGCUGGAGAAGCCUCUACAGAACUUUACCUUGUGUUUUCGAGCCUACAGUGAUCUCUCCCGUGCCUACAGCCUCUUCUCCUACAAUACCCAGGGAAAGGAUAAUGAGCUAGUAGUUUAUAAAGAAAGAGUUGGAGAUUAUAGUCUAUACAUUGGAAGACAAAAAGUUACAUUCAAAGUUAUUGAAAAGUUCCCGGCUCCAGUGCACAUCUGUGUUAGCUGGGAGUCCUCAUCAGGUAUUGCUGAAUUUUGGAUCAAUGGGACACCUUUGGUGAAAAAGGGUCUGCGACAGGGUUACUCUGUGGAAGCUCAGCCCAAGAUUGUCCUGGGGCAGGAGCAGGAUUCCUAUGGCGGCAAGUUUGAUAGGAGCCAGUCCUUUGCGGGAGAGAUUGGGGAUUUGUACAUGUGGAACUCUGUGCUGCCCCCAGAAGAGAUCCUGUCUGCCUAUCAGGGUACCCCAGUCCCUGCCAAUAUCCUGGACUGGCGGGCUCUGAACUAUGAAAUCAAAGGAUAUGUCAUAAUCAAACCCCUGGUGUGGGUCUGAGGUCGUGACUCAACAAGAUCACUUGAAAAUGAAAUGACCAUGUAAGAGAUCUGCUCAAAGCAACUGGAUACCAGAUCUUACACCUGCAGCUCUUUCUUCUUUGAAUUUCCUAUCUGUAUAUCUGCCGAAUUAAAAAAGAUAUAUUGUAUCUUUUUUACAAUACCUGCAUUUGUUUAGUGCUUAUCAUAGUCCCAUAUCUUUAUCUUAUAUCUACUACUUAUCUAUCUACUACUUAUUUGGUAAUUGGUGUUUCAUUAUCCUGAAAAAUCAAAUUGCCAAGUAUGGGGAGGAAAACCUAUAAGUAACUAGAAAGGUAUAUCACAAAACCAGGGCACUCAAUAAGCAGGACAGUGGCAAUACUUAAAAGCUACUAACAAUCAUUUUAAUAACGAUUCAAAAUAUGUGUGGAAUUGCAAUCACAAUUCUUCUGUUUCUCCAGCUACAAAUCGAUCAAAAAGACGUCUGAGGUUGCAUCAGGGAGACAACUAUAAUGAAAUAAGUAAGCAAUAGUUGAGAACCUAACAGCAAGUAAUGAGACAGGAAGAAUAAAACUGGAAGUCAGAAUGAAAACCAAAAAAGUAUGAGACUGGGAUGGUUUUGUAUGAAGACAAACAUAACUUUAUGUCUCAAAAACCUCAGUAGGACUGUACAAUACUUGAUUUUCAUAAUGCUGUCCUGAUGUCAUCAAAAAAUGUUAUACUCUGAAUAUUGCUUACAUGAA